AUGGUUCCGUCUUCCGGCCUCACCGUCCCGUGUUUCCAUGUCAGUGUUGCUGCCUGCACUUUACCCCCUAGAAAUGCCUGGGUGGAGGAGACAGGAGACCCCGGCAGCCACAAUCCUGUCUUGUACCCCGAUGCCAAUUCACUUAACCAAUGCCAAACAGUGCAUGUCGGGGGGCACCCCUCAGCUCCCAGCCGUGCACGAUUGCUGCGGUGUAGCCAUGGUGCCAACAGCAAGGGCACACCUGGCUCCUACCCACGUGGUACCUGCUCCAGCCGGUGGCAUGGGCAUAGCAGCCAGCGUUCAAGUGCCAAACGUCUGCAUCGUGAGCAGUUAAGAGGGAGGGGGGGGACAGAUGGCUCCAUGCCAUGA